UGCCAAUUUUCUUUAGGACCUACCAACAUCGUUACUAUCUUGGCGCGGCUGAAAAUUAUUAAAUAUGUUGUUAAAUGUGGCGAUUAGACGAUCUUAUUGUUACAGGCCCGUUAAACGUUGGAAAAUAUUCAAAGAUUUGAAUGAAGACAGCACAAAAAAAGGGGAAGUUGCAAUUAAUUUAGCUAAACAUAUAAGAAACAGGAUAAUAGCUACUGGACCAAUCACAGUGGCGCAAUAUAUGACUGAAGUAUUAACACAUCCAACAGCCGGUUAUUACAUGAAUCGGGAUGUGUUUGGACUUUCUGGUGAUUUUAUUACUUCCCCAGAAAUAAGUCAAAUAUUUGGCGAACUUGUAGCUGUUUGGAUAGUUAAUGAGUGGGUUAAAUUAGGUAGUCCACAACCAUUUCAACUUAUUGAACUUGGUCCCGGCAGAGGGACUCUUAUUAAAGAUAUCUUACGAGUGCUGACACAAUUGAAAUUAAGUGAAAAGUUAUCACUACAUCUUGUAGAGAUUAGUGAAUUCUUAAGUCAGUUACAAGCACAAAGCAUUUGUUUUGAAUUUGAGAAACUAAAUGAUUGUACUCUGCCAUACUAUCAAAUUGGUAAAUCUGAGAGUGGUUGCGCAGUUUAUUGGUACAAACGAUUAGAAGAUAUACCACAAGAUUUUGCAAUUAUUUUGGCACACGAGUUUUUCGAUGCGAUGCCAGUACACAAAUUGAAAUUAAUGGCGGGUAUAUGGAAAGAAGUUCUUAUCAAUAUAUCUGAAGACAAACUUGAAAAUUUUAAAUUUGUUUUAUCAAAUUCUCCGACUCCAAUAUCGCAACUGUUUAAACCUCUUCCUGAGGAAACACGAACUUCCUUAGAAUAUUCGUUAGAGUCUGAUAGGAUAGUACGUAUUAUUGCUGAACGUUUACAAUGUUACGGUGGAGUGGCAUUAAUUGUAGAUUACGGUCAUUUCGGGGAAAAAGUGGACACACUUAGGGCUUUUAAAAGACAUAAAUUGCAUAACUUUUUACAAGAUCCCGGUACUGCAGACCUUACUGCUGAUGUGGAUUUCAGGCAGUUAAAACGUGUUGCAGAGGAGAAUGGCAUGGUGGUUUGCUAUGGUCCAAUUGAACAAGCACAAUUCUUAAUGAAAAUGAACGGCAACCUUCGGUUACAGCAAUUAUUAAAAAAUGCUCCACCAGGAUCAAGAGAGCUUAUUAAUUCAGGCUAUGCUAUGCUAACAAAGUCGGAUGAAAUGGGUCAACGUUAUAAAUUUAUAGCAAUGUUUCCGUCAGUACUCAGAAACCAUCUUAAUAAAUAUCCGCCAAUCGGGUUCGAUUAACAGAUAUGAUUACUUAGUUACUAUCCUUAAAAAU